CUCAUUCUUCACCUCACCUCUUCACCUCUUCAACCACUCAGACCAACUCUCCAAUAAAGCUUGGCGGAUGAGACUCCACACUCUGGCAGCUGUCAUGGCGUCCCCCAUCUUUCCCUCCGAGUCUACCGAUCUACAGUUCACUGUCCUCAUCACUCCUCGCCUCCUUACCAGCUCGACACUCCUUCCGAUCCUUGGAAAUCCCCAAGUCAAUUCACCUCACACAUCGAAUGGACAAUCCCCAAUAGUCCGCUCGGCCCGGCACUCUCCAGACGGGUUCAGUCGGUACACCCACUGAAAGCACCAUGUCUCAUACGUCAAGACCUCUCCGAGCGGUCGAAUCAACGAGUCAUACCCCUAGCACCAGCAAAGUCAUUCGUUGGGGGAGCAUGGCGGUCGGUCAAACCAAACCACUGUUACACCCACAUCCGCGUAAACCUGGGGAGGUUAAG